GCGCACGGACAGCUGGCACGCGCACGCACCCCCCUCCCUCCAUGCCGGGGAACAAUAAAGCACUCACUGUUGAGGGGCGUGACGGCACUGCUGGCGGCGGCGGGAACAAUAAAGCAUCAUUGAGGGGCGCUGGACACGAAAUGGCGGCGGAGCGGCGGCGGCCGGAGCUGGAGCGAGACACGGACACGGACACGGAGACCGGCAGCGCUGGGCUAGAGGGAGAGGACUUCUUCAUCGGCAGCAUCAGUCCUUUAGAUAUGGAUUCCUCAAAGACAUUCAGCAGCAACUCCAAGACAAAUGGAAUACAUUCCGAUGAUGAAGAGCAAGAUAUUUUUGCAGAAGCCACUGUGGAGUUAUCCCUGGACGGCCUUCCAAAUGACAAGAGCAAGCCGUCUACUACAGGGCCAUCAAUAAAGUCUCCACCCAGCGCUGUUCUGCAAUCCAAGAGCAAAGUCAGUCAAGAGCUGUUUGAAGAAGAAGAAACUGAGGAAGAUGAGGAUCAAUUUGAUUUGAAGGUUACAGUGACUGAGCCGGAGAAAGUGGGUGACGGCAUGGGUGCAUAUAUGGCAUAUAAAGUGUCGACGCUGACCAGCUUAACAAUGUUCAAGAGGAGAGACUUCAGUGUAAGGCGAAGAUUUAGUGAUUUUCUAGGACUAUACGACAGACUUUCAGAAAAACAUUCUCAAAAUGGCUUCAUAGUGCCUCCACCUCCCGAGAAGAGUUUAAUAGGAAUGACCAAAGUGAAAGUUGGGAAGGAAGAUUCCUCCUCGGCCGAGUUCCUGGAACGGAGGCGAGCUGCGUUGGAACGAUAUCUACAGAGGAUUGUCAAGCACCCCACAUUAUUACUCGACCCCCAUGUCAGGGAGUUCUUGGAAAAAGAUGAGUUGCCGCGGGCAGUAAACACACAGGCUCUGAGUGGGGCCAGCCUACUUCGCAUGGUCAACAAGGCUGCUGAUGCUGUCAGUAAGAUGACCAUAAAGAUGAAUGAGUCAGACAUAUGGUUUGAAGAGAAGUUUCAGGAGAUUGAGAAUGAAGACCUGCAGUUGCGCAAACUCCACGCUGUUGUUGAAACCCUCGUCAACCACAGGAAAGAGCUGGCGGUGAACACAGGUGUGUUUGCGAAGAGUGCGGCCAUGCUGGGCAGCUCGGAGGACCACACGGCCUUGUCCCGCGCGCUGUCACAGCUGGCGGAGGUGGAGGAGAAGAUCGAGCAGCUUUACCAGGAGCAAGCCAACAACGACUUCUUCCUGCUGGCCGAACUGCUCAGUGACUACAUCCGGCUCAUCUCAGCAGUCAGGGGCGUGUUUGACCAGCGCGUGAAGACGUGGCAGCGGUGGCAAGAUGUACAGACUAUGCUGCAGAAAAAACGAGAGAAUGAAGCUCGUCUCAUCUGGGCCAACAAACCGGAGAAGCUGCAACAGGCCAAGGACGAGAUUACAGAGUGGGAGCCCAAAGUUCUGCAGUGUGAGCGAGAGUUUGAGCAGAUCUCCGCCAACAUUCGAAAGGAAGUUGCUCGCUUUGAGGUCGAGAGAAUUAAAGACUUCAAAAGCCGGGUUAUUGUGUAUUUAGAAACUCUUCAGAAUUCCCAGCAACAGCUCAUUAAAUACUGGGAAGCCUUUCUACCAGAAGCAAAAGCCAUUGCAUAACAGGAGUGGAGUGGACACUUGCUGCAUUUUAUACAUUAUCUCCAGCCUAUGUGAAGCUGCAACCUCACCUAUAAAAGGGACGGCAUCUUCAUGGUUGCAGUUCUUUCUUGCUCUUCAUGUGAUAAACCUUAUAGUAUCUUUA